GAUAGUUAUAAACAUGAUGUGAAAAUGUAAAUCAUUAGUACUAAAGAUGUUGUAAAUCAAUGAAAUUGUUAUUCAAACUAUUAAUGACUAUGUUACAUAACUUUAAUGAUUCAUUCAUAGGCGUUGAUGACGAAACUAUAAAACAGUAACAAUUGAUCCAAAAUUGUUAAUAAUGUAAUUGUAAGGAAUUGAUAAGUAUAUUGAAGUCAUUAAUAAUGAUGAGGUAUAAUAAUAACGAUUCAUUUCAUAAAUGUUGAUAUCGUCAUUGCAAAAUGUUAAUAUUAUAUUGCAAGUUGCCACGAAGUGAGAGAGAUCAUAUAAUUUUAAUUUUCAUUUUUCAUUUUAAAAAAUAAAAAAUAUUAAUUUCGAAUUUAUUAAAUAUUAAAUAAUAAUAUUUGAUUAAAUUAAUCACGAAUUUUCUUUUAAUUGUAGUGAAGAGAGAGGGUUAUGGAGAAGAUCAAGGGGGAGAGAGAAAGAGAAUCAUUAGUGAGUAAUAUUAAUUAUAUUUCAUAAUAUCUUAUUUAUUCCAACUAACUAUUAAUUCCUAACCCCUCAUUAACUACCUAAUCUAGUAUCAGCCAAUAAAAAUGGUUUAAGAACCUCCUUAAACAAUGAGGCUUAAGGACCGUAUCCAACCCGUAUCAAUGACCACCUUGGUGUCGCCUUGCCUUCGUAAACCCAUUCUCCAGACACUAGAGAAUUGCCUCUCGGAGAAUGAGGAGCUCGACUACCAUAGGAUCAUCAAUAUCAGCAAACUGCACCCCUUUCGCCAAAAGGACCAUCCCCUCAUGGUUCUUGACAAUUAUGCCAUCUGUCGAAUGAGACCCAUGCUUGGUAUCCCCAUCCCACAUACAGAUCACUGGACUAGGAUUGCCACCACCAAGAUAACUCACUUGUGGGACGGACGAUCUGACCACACGGCCAACUGGCAAGCUAAUCCACUCCGGACACUGCUUGUGGAAUUGUUCAUUAACACUGGGAUCCCAAAUUAUUUUCCCUUAAAGACAACCUAGUUACGAGACUGCAAGAUCCGCCAAAGGACCGCAACAACUUCCAUGAAGACUUAAGGUUGCUGAAUAAUAUCCAUCAAUUUCUUCAGGAAGAGCGGGAAAGUGUGACGGGCAAUCCAGAAACAAAUGUUAUAUUGUCUCAUAAUCUGCCCAAUAAACCGAGCACCUAGGCUGAACCGGAACAUCCUUCUCAACGAGCCAUAAAAACAUCUUUAAUUUGGGUGGAAUGUGGGCUUCCCACAUGCCAAUCCUGCUCGACUUGUCCAUCCAACUAGCUGUGGACCGCCAUUGACCAACCUGCUUAUCUAACAAGACUGCGAGGUGAUAGGCCGACUUGACAGUGAAAAUCCCAUCGCACGUGUUAUGCUAGAUCAAACUAUCCUCAACAUCCUGUUGUGGAAGAGGGAUAGUCUUGAUGGCACGAGACGUGGCUAGGUCAAACCACUGGCCGAGUUUGAUAUCACACCACCUGUCCUCCCCUUGGCAAAUCACCUUUGGGUCUCCAUCUGGCAACACCUGAGGAUUAUACAAAGGAGUAUGGGGGUGUAGCCGAAGGAUCCAAUUUGAGGAAAGCAUUGAGGCUGUUCACCCGUUACCUAUCUGCCAUCUGAGAAUCUGCACUAACGGUCUACUAUAAAGGAUGCUCUGCCAUCUCCAAGAUGGGCGAGAUCGCACAAUAGCAGUGAGGAAAGUCCCAGUCGGAAAGUAUUUCCCCUAGUACACUUGGGGAAAGUAUUCACUAAAUAACUUGAGUGGUUUUAAAUGUCAAAAUUAAACUAAAUUUUGCAUACACCAUAAUUAAAAAUUGCCCUUUUUUAUGAUUGAAGUGGAGGUAAGAAUGUGUUCAAAGGGAGGAGACUUUUUAACCAAAACCUGCGACAAUCUGUAUGGGCCAGCCUCCAAGAGUCUAACACAUCGACAACAUCACCUACAAUCUAAUUCAAAAAUAAAAUAAAAUCUUAUCACGUGAAUGAGAGUAUGAUUUAGUAGUAUCGUUGUUGUUUUUCAAUGUCAAGGUUUCAGGUUCAAAUCGUAAGUUAGACUUUCCCUUCUUGAACAAAUAUAUGACUUCAUCCUCUUGCUUGAUCGGUAUGAACGACUUAAGGGAUCGUUUGCUUCAUAAAUUUAAAAAAUAUGAGUUUUGAUAAAUUCUAGGUUUUGGAAAACCUUAAAUUUAUGAUGGAUUUAUUUUCAUUAUGGAUUUGGGAGAGUCUUACUUGUAUUUAUGGCCAUGCUCCAAAUUUUGCGUUUUGAUAUGAGACUUGUAAGUUCAUCUGGCCACGAAUUUAGACAUUUAAAGACAGUAGGCCCCACUUAUUUGAUUACAAGCAAACUUCAGGAAAACAACUGUUGUGUGCAAAGUACACGAUGAAUUGGAUUUGAUAUCAAAAUCUACAAAGCAAAUGACCCCUCGAUAGUGAUGAAGCUAUCAUAGAUUUUGAUGGGAGUGGUGCCUACCAAUCAAGUUACAACAGAUUUUGAUCACAUACACAAGAAAUUAUUGAAUUGAAAUAACUCGUAUUUGAAUACAAUAACUUCGCAUUA